AACAGACUAGUUCCGCUGUCGCGAUGGAAUCAAACAAGGACGAAGCUGAACGGUGCAUAAAGAUUUCUAUAAGUGCACUCAGUAAUAACCAACCAGACAAAGCUACGAGGUUUCUAGAAAAGGCACAGCGUUUGUUUCCAACCGAUCAGGCCAAAAGUUUACUAGAGUCCAUCAAACAGAAUAGGAAACCACCAGAUGAAGAAGAGAGGCCUAUGAACGGGGAUGGUUUUGGAGUGAGACACCGUAGCCACGGAGACGAAGCCGCAGACUCAGCCAAACCAUACACAUCAGAUCAGCUGGAUGCUGUUAAAAAAAUAAAGAGUUGUAAAGACUACUAUGAGAUUCUGGGAGUUGAAAAGGAUGCCGGGGAGGAGGACCUGAAGAAGUCCUACAGGAAACUGGCCCUGAAAUUCCACCCCGAUAAAAACCAUGCUCCAGGAGCCACAGAGGCGUUUAAAGCCAUUGGCAAUGCGUACGCUGUGCUCAGUAACACAGAGAAGCGGAGCCAGUAUGACCAGUAUGGUGAGGAGAGAGCUCACCCUACCAGACAACAGCAAAGGCACCAGCGCCAUGACUUCGAAGCCGACAUCUCGCCCGAGGACCUCUUCAACAUGUUCUUUGGAGGAGGUUUCCCAUCACGUAAUGUACAUGUUUACAGAAACGGCGGAAUGCACUUUGGCCAUCAGCAUAGAGCAGGACCAGAGAGGAGAGAACAGCGGGAUGGAGGCUUUGCCCUGUUUGUCCAGCUGAUGCCCAUCCUCAUCCUAAUCUUCGUCUCCGCCCUCAGCCAGAUGAUGGUGACCCCUCCCCCCUACAGCCUUAGCCACCGCUCAGGUGCGGGCCACAUCAACCGGAGGCAGACACAGACCCUGAAGGUGUCUUACUACGUAGGACCUAGCUUCACCAAGGAGUACUCUGGAAAAGACCUAAGGAGUGUGGAGAGGAGUGUGGAGGAAGACUACAUCUCCAACCUCAGGAACAACUGCUGGAAGGAGAAGCAACAGAAGGAAGGCUUGCUGUACCGUGCUCGUUAUUUCGGAGACUCUGACUUGUACCAAAGGGCUCAGCGGAUGGGCACGCCUAGCUGCUCACGACUGUCGGAGAUUCAGGUCAUGCUACAUGGAUAAGAACCCACAAACAAACAGAAUGAUUAUUUGGUACUUGAAUCGAAUGAGAAGAAAUCAAUAUACAACGCCCUAUUCAAGCUCACACAUAAAAAUUGGAGCAGCAAUUUGAGAGAAACUGCCUUAGAUCCAUAUGGUGGGUUGCAGACAGAUAUGGCCUGUCGGGGGGGACCCCUCUCUCUCUGCACACUCCUGUGGACAGUCUUAACUUCCUGUAGAACUGUGAAACAAACGGACAAGGUGAUGGCUGGUUUAAAUACAAAAACACUUCAAGGCUGGCUGAACUAGACGGGUGUCAUGGUUUUUUGAAAGAGAUUAAAUAUAUUUUUGAAUGGUACAUUGCCUUCAGAAAGUAUUCACACCCCUUGACUUUUUCACAUUUUGUUGUG